AUGGCACACAUCUACGACCUCGCACCGCAGGUUGUGUCAAACUAUACGAGCGGCCGGAAAGCAACCGACCAAGUCAAGUACCCAGAUACAGGAGUAUUCCAGGGCUUCAACAAACCCUCAAGACUAGAAGGCGACGUCUUCGAUCUUGAGUUCGAUGGUGUGAUUCCACCCGAGAUCAAUGGAACCUUCUAUCGAAUCCAGCCUGACCAUAGAUUCCCGCCCAUCUUCGAGGACGACAUUCACUUCAACGGGGAUGGAAGUGUGACCGCGAUACGUAUUCAGAACGGACAUGCGGAUUUCAAGCAGCGGUAUGUUCAUACCGAUCGAUACAAUGCUGAGAGCCAGGCUAGACGAGCCUUGUUCGGGAGGUACCGCAACCCAUACACCGACAAUGAGAUCGUGAAGGGUAUUGUGCGGACGGCGGCAAACACCAACAUCACUUUCUGGAGAGGCGUCCUCCUCGCUUCGAAAGAGGACGGUCCACCGUAUAUAAUGGACCCUGUGACGCUAGAGACGAUCGGUCGCUAUGACUUUGAGGGUCAGAUCUUAACCCCGACUUUCACCGCCCAUCCGAAAUUCGAUCCGGACACGGGAGAUAUGUUAUGUUUUGCGUAUGAGGCUGGCGGUGACGGGCAUGACGGUUCAAGAGACAUUGUGGUCUGGACAAUCGACCGUGAUGGAAAGAAAACCGAGGAAGCUUGGUACAAGGCUCCCUUCUGCGGGAUGAUCCACGAUUGCGGGAUCAGCAAGAAUUAUAUGGUCUUACCUCUGACUCCUGUGAAGUGGACAUCGAUGGAUCGUUUGAAAGGAGGACAGAACCACUGGGCUUGGGACCCUAAUGAAGAUCAAUGGUAUGGCGUGGUGCCGCGGAGGGGCGGGAAACCAGAAGACAUAGUCUGGUUUCCCUUCCACGGCCAUGUCGCAGGAUGCUACGAGAACGACGAAGGGCACAUAGUCUUCGACCUCACCGUCGCCGACGGCAACGUCUUCUUCUUCUUCCCUCCACUUGACGAGAAGGAAUCACCCCUGGCCAAGCGGAACCAGCUUCGAAGCCCGACAUGCCGAUGGAUCUUCGACGCGAAAGCAAAGUCGGGAACCAGAGUCACGCCCACAGAAACUUGGCUGACCAAUGGCGAAUUCUCCCGCAUUGACGACCGGUUCGUCACAAAGAAGUACAACCACUUCUGGCAAGCAAAGGUGGACCCGACGAAACCAUAUGAUUUCGUCAAAUGCGGCUCUCCUGCCGGUGGCUUGUUCAAUUCUCUGGGCCAUUACACAUGGCACGAGAGAACCGAAGACGUGUACUUCGCGGGACCGACGGCGACACUCCAGGAGCCAUCUUUCAUUCCGAAAGAAGGGGGAGGAGAAGGCGAGGGAUGGGUCAUCGCAUUGCUCAACCAUCUGGAUGUUCUGCGAAACGAUAUUGUCGUCCUGGAUGCUUUGGAUGUCGCAAAGGGGCCUGUAGCGGUGAUACAUCUGCCGUUCAAACUGAAGUUAGGCUUGCAUGGAAAUUUCGUGGAUCAACGGGAUAUUGAGGAAUGGCAGAAGCGGCGUUCAGCAUCGGGCGAUCUGGGGCCGGCACAGCCGGCCAAGGACCCUUUGCCGUGGCAAGUACGCCAACGAGAGUUGAGCUCUCGCCAGAGUGAGCCGAACGAAGAGAACGGUAAUGGCACAAACUGUGUCAAUGGGCAUGUUUAG